AUGCUCGUACCUCGAGUAUUAUAUGCCUUUACACUAUGCUCGAUACCUGCUGGGGGCUUAGCCCAAACUAAUGAGCUCGAUGGACGCGCCAUCGACCCUUUGACAGGAACAUCUGAGUGUGCGAGGACAUGUUUCACCAAGACGAAGGACACGGAAGCUUUUCAAGGCAGCCAAACAGAGGACCUUUGCCGAGACAAGCCACUUUAUCAUAAUGUUGAAAUCUGUGUAAAACACGACUGCAAUUUCACUGAGAUACUAGACUUCAAGAACAGAACAUUCCGCGCAUGUGACUGGCCGAUCACCGACCGUCGACAAGAAAUCAGAAUCAGCUGUUUGACGAUAGGCAUUUUAGCUAUGGUCUUCUUUACCAUGAGAGCCAUCUCAAAGAUAAUCGGAUUCGUGCCAUAUGGUCAUGACGAUAGCCUUUUAUUAGCAGCCUUGCCAUUUAUUAUCGCAUUUAAUAUUUUCUGCCAAAUACUCACUUCAAAAGGUCUCGGACUCGAUAUUUGGUUUGUGGAUGAGAAUAAUAUUCGCAUCUUUCUCAUCCUGAUCUUCGCUUCCGAACUCUCAUACGCUACGUCGCUCGCCCUCGUAAAGCUAUCGAUCUUGGCCUUUUUCCUUCGGAUAUUCCCCGACCAACGAUUCCGCAUCAUUGUUCGAUGGACCACCAUCUUUAUCCUAGUCAUGUGUCCCUUAUAUCUUGCACUCAUCCUCGCUCAACGACGGCCCCUCGAUCUGUUCUGGAAUGGAUGGAGGGACAAAAAUCCACGAGGUGUUAUGUUGAGUGGAAAUCUCAUAGGUAUAACUCAUGGUGCAUGGAACGUUGCUUUGGAAAUUUGGAUGAUGAUUCUUCCAAUGACUCAACUGCUCAAAAUCGGGAUCAAGCUAAAGAAAAAGAUCGGGGUUAUUGCUAUGUUCGGAGUGGGCCUAUUUCUCACGAUCGUCAGUUCCGUUCGUAUCCCGAGCCUGAUAGUGUUUUCAACGUCACGAAACAUAACUGCCGAUUCAGUCGGGAUAAUCAUCUGGUCAAACAUCGAGAUUUGCGUAGGCAUGAUGGUAGCAUGCAUGCCUGGAGCACGUCAAUUCGUGCGAGACAUUGUACUUCGAUUGAAACGAGGAAACCAGUCCGAUAUGUCCAGCACUGAGAAUAUCUUUAUUGAGAGAACGAUAGAGACGAUCCAGACUGAUGCGGACGACACAGUCACGAGUUCUAUAGCGAGACCAGAGGAAGCGCUCUUGUCAAAAUGA